AAAAAAAAUCUUGUCAAAAAAACGAUCUGUCAAAACAACACUUGGCGAACUAACUUUUUAAAAUAACGCGAAAACCUCAGCGAAAACGAUAGCCAAUGACAACAAAUCAUAAUUCUAUAAUAAUGCAGCAAAUAUUGUAGUAUAAUUAUAAAUAAAAGGCUUAUAUUUAAGAAAUCGAGUUUCAUUAGAGAGUGCAAUGGCGGGACUUCUGCUAAGUUCUACAGAAAAAGUAUUUAUUAUACACGGCGUGCAGGAUGACUACAGAUCAGACGGGAGGUCAAAUAUUGACUAUAGACCUAUGGAGUUGGAGACUGAUGUGGUGAGUCACGCCAGUGGAUCAUCCAGGCUCCGACUCGCUAACACAGACAUUUUAGUUGGUGUGAAAACCGAAAUAGAUGUGCCAAAACCAGACAAACCAGGCUUGGGAAAACUUGAGUUUUUCGUUGAUUGUUCAGCUAAUGCAACUCCAGAGUUCGAAGGCAGAGGAGGUGAACAGCUAGCUAAUAGCAUAUCGAACAUGCUGGAGAGAGCAUAUCACUCUCCACAUGCUUUUAACUUGAAACAACUAUGUAUCCUUGAGGGGAAACAGUGCUGGAAACUCUACAUUGAUAUUUUGAUACUAGAAUGUGGUGGUAACCUCUGUGAUGCAGUCUCACUGGGAGUCAAAGCAGCUCUCUUCAACACAAGGAUACCAUUUGUAAAAGCUGUACUAAUGGAUGGAGGAAAUGUUGACUUGCAACUCUCUGAUGACCCCUAUGACUGCAAAUAUUUAGAUGUUGCUUCGGGACCAUUAUUGGUAACCCUUUGCAAAAUUGGGGAUAAAUGUGUUGUGGACCCAUCAGCAGAAGAAGAAAGCUGCAGCGUCGUAUCCCUUGUCGUAGGCAUUACAGGGAAUCCCAAAUUUUAUGUCACUGCAGAAGAAGCUAAGAAUAUGCCAGACGUAGAACUUAAAUGCAGUAUGAUAGGAAUAAAUGGUCCAGGCAGUGUAGCUCCCAAAACAUUUAAAGAUGCCGUCAAUCAGGGCAUGGUUGCGGCAAAAUGCCUCGAUAAAGCGUUAGGUCAAGCACUUUUACGUGAAAGACAAGAAAAUACAAGUUUUAAAAAACAUUCAUAUGGAUUCUUAAAAUAAAUGUUUACAAUAAAAA